AGCCCGUAAGGUCAAAAUAAAACCGAAUUGCGUUCCCCACCGUAAAAUAUUUUCAUUUUUAUCGAUAGGAAGUAGACGAUUUUGCUGUCCAAUAAAGAACCUUUGUUGGCUGUUUUGUUGAAGAUUUUAUGAAUAGUGUUAAAAGCACAGGAAAUAUACUGCCGUCAGUGCUAUUCAGCCCACGUGAAGCUGAAAGCGCAAGAUUGUGGACGAUCAUGAAGGAAAACACAGUCGUCUUCAUCUUUCUCAUUUUAGCGUUAUUUAAUAUGGCCAGCUACAGCAGGUCUUCGCCGCUUUAUCAGCGUGAAGAAAACUCGAAGCUCCUGGUCGCUCGCAGAAUGAUGCUGUCAGAAGAUCCAGAAUUUGGUGAAAGUCAACGUACUAUGAAAAGACCUUGUUUGACAGAAAGUGGGUUGAUGUGCGAACUGUCUCCAAGAAUAUGAUGGCUCCUUUGAAGUGCUAAAAAUUUUAAAUGUCUUCGUUAACUCGGGACGUCAGAUUAGCAGCAAAACCGAGAAAUUCUUCUUUUCCACUUACAAAUGGAAUAAAUGGCUUUUGAUUGAUGAUUUUCCACGCUGCUCUGUAAUCA